GGCGUAGCUUGUGAAAUAAAAUUUAGUGUUUUACAAAAUUUUAAAAAAGUGCCCGAACGGACUACUAUCCAUUAAAUGAUAAACCGAAGCCCACUUAAAAUGGGUUGAAUAUUUCAAUUUGUCUCGAACUGUAGUAGAAAAGAACGAAUGAUAUCAAGAAAUAUUAUACAAGUUUUGGCAGGUGUCCUGCAACAUUCUGUAUUUUUUUUUCCUUCGUAAAAUGAAGUGCUUUGUGAUUUUCUGAGUAAAAAAAUGGAGACCAAACUGUGUAGAAUAUGCGGUAAACUUGGAGAAAAUAAUGUGCACAUAUUUAAGACAGAAGGAUUGAAAAAUAAAAUAGAAACAUGCCUACCAAUAGUAGUUUCACAGUACUGCCUGCUGCCCGAUACAAUUUGUUCAGAGUGCCUAGAAAACGUCGAAAAUUUUUACAGUUUCAUAAAAAACUGUUUACAGAACAUAAUAGUUUUGGAGGCUCAAUAUGAUAUCACAGAAUCUUGCCUAAAAACCAAAAGAAAACAUGAGAAAAGCUCUCUUGCAGAUAUAUCUGUCAUUAAGCAUGACAAAAACAUUCAGACAGAUGAUGAUGACUGUUUAUAUUUAAGUCAGUGUAAUUUCACUAAGUUAGAUUUAAGUGUAUUAGAAAAACUCGAUAAGGCCCUCUGUAAUGCUGAGAGCAUUUUGAAAGGCAAAGAUGCCAAGUUGACAUCACGAAUUUCAAAAGUUAAACCCAAAAUUAGGCUAGUUAAUUAUGAAAAUGAGACUGAUUCAAAUUCUGAUGAAGAGGCUGAAACUAAAGGCACACCUAUAACUGAAAAGGUGUUGACAACUCACUCACAACCGGUUAUUGUUGCCGAUCCAUCAAACACAUGUCGCAGCACAUUCAAUUCAAAUCUUGGUACACUAAAGAAUUAUUUUGAUGAUGCUGAAAAUAACAUCAUAAACGAGAUAGCACAACGUAAAAAAAGAAAGGCUGAAGAAAUUGGAUCUGACAAAACAAAAAUUUUCAAAAUGGACACCAACAAUAAAAGAAAAAGCAAGAAUCCAAAGAAAGUUAAACCUCUGGAGACACAGGUAGUAAACGAAGAUUUAAUUGAAAAAUGUUUUGAUAGUUCCACCCAAGAUAUAACUGAAGAUUUUAGUCAGAAAUAUGUUGAUAACGACAUUAAUAUGACAAGUUCCAACAGUUACCAGGAACAUACCAAAAUUGGGAAAGUACUAGAGACUGAAACUAAUACUUUAUCAUCGAUACCCCAAGUGUGUUUGUUGUGUGACAUGCAAUUUCCUGGACCAAGCUCCUUAACAACGCACGUAUACGAAACCCAUGGGAUAGAUAUGGCCAAAGUGGUGGCAUCUUGUCCUGUAGUCGAGGAAAAGAAAAAGAAAAUUCCAAAUUUGGUCAAAAUCACUGAUCUGAAAAACAGAAACGAACAGGUGGCAAGAGAUCCUUCUGCUAAUUCAUCUUUCGACGUAACGAAGCAGGGGAUUGAACAGCCGAUCUUAAUACACGAAGAUCCACCCCAAUUGCAACCGUCCUUCGUCUGUCCUUUGUGUCCAGCGGUUCAGACAUCUAGGCCCGAACUUUUUUCCCAUUUAAGAGCCAAACAUGCCAAGCAGAUAGCUCUCAUGUGUAGCCUGUGCUUCCAUAUGGCUAGCACUUAUAUGAAACUUGCCGCACACUUAGAAAUUUGCAAAAGGCAAUGCAACAUACCGUCGAAAUACAUUUGCAAACUUUGUUGUUAUCAUGACGACAAUUGUAAGGUGGUGGAAAACCACAUUCCUAUCCACGACUUCAUAAUUACCUGUUGCAAAAAGCAGCUUCGUAUUUUCGACCCAAGCGACUACGUCGAAAUCAAUCCCAUUCACGAGGGCAACUCAACGAAACCCUACACAUGUUCAGAAUGUGACACCGGGGGUUUUGCCACCUUCAAGGAGUUCAGCACACAUCGUCGCAGUUCUCAUCAAAUCUUCCACUGCGACUUGUGCAACAAAUUCUACGGGCGCAACUCUCACCUGUGGAAACAUGUGAAUCGUCUUCACAAAGGCCAUCCCAGUAUAACGUGUCAACUCUGUUACAAAACCAGUGCUUCUAAGUAUCAUUUGGCGCAACAUUUCAACAAAAUUCACAGCGCAAAAACGUACCAGUUCCAUGAUAAAGAGGAGCCUGAUAACGUGGAAAACUUUAUGAAGAAAAAAUUCGACGGAUUCGAUUUCCAAUACGUCAAGCAAAGUUUCAUGCGUCAAGAACUGAUGGAACAGGACAAAAAACGGAAUUCUAGUGAGAAUUCUGAAGAAGAGGAAGAAGACGUUGAUGAAAAGAACGAAGACUGUACAAAGGUGGUGCCCCCUAAAGAGAUUGACGCAUCGAGUGACCUUUAUACGAAUAUAAUAACCAAUUACACGCCUCCAAGAAAUGAAGGAGCCUAUAAGUGCCCUAAAUGUUUCAGAGGAUUUCACAAAAAGGCGCUACUGAAAAAACACAAGAAAAACUGCAGACCUCGUCUACAAAAAGACCUUUUGACCCGUUGCAAGUCGUGCUCGAGAAUAUUCAAAGACCGCCAAAGCCUCGCAAAGCAUCUCAUCAACUACCAUUCGGAGUAUGUGUGCGAAAUAUGUAAGCAGAAGGUGCAGAGCAAGUGCGAAAUAGUGUCCCAUAUCCGCUUCUCCCACCCAAAUUGCCACUUGUUCUGUCACAGUUGCGGUAAUAUCCUUAGAAGCAAGGUGGACCUUGCAGAACACAAAAAAGACCACAGGAAUUCUUUUGUGUGCCAGUUUUGCGGUGACAUGUUACCCACAAAAAUCAAACUCAAAAUGCACAUACUAAGUUUGCACAGAAAGAUUCUGAGCCUGAGUUGUGGUAUUUGCUUGAAACUGUUCGAAACGCAACACAUUUUACGGGAUCACGUGCAAUUGGUGCACAAAAACCACUUGUCGCCUUUGACUUCGUGCACUGUGUGCGGGAAGAAUUAUGGAUCCAAAUGGAAGACUUACGACCACUUGAAUAAGUCUCACGGACGUACAUUCAAAGCGUGCAAAAUGUGCCUCGAGGUGUUUGAUACAGAAGAUGACCUCAGAUCACACUACGACAGUAUGCACGCAAAUAUAAGUCUGAAUAAUCUGAAUGCGUCCAAUAAUUCUAAUAGUAAAGUUACUGCUAGUGUUUCUGUUAACGUAGAAAACAAUCCGGGUAAAAAUAACAUAAAAAAAGAAGAGUUUAGUAGCGAUUUGGAAGGAAAUAAUGAAGACCAGGAGGCCAAGAACUCAUCCAGUGAGAUAUCAAAUGACACAGAUAUGUACCAGCAGCUCAAAACCAGUGAUUGCGAAGACUUUUCAGCCCUGGCCGAUCUGCCGGUUCAAGGUGAGAAAAUUUCGCUGCUGGAAAAACGUUUACUAGGCGGCGUGUCUCAAGAAGUCGAUAAAAAACUUUCGAAGACCCACGAAACCACUAAACCCAAGAAUAGCGUAAUCAAAAUCGAAGCCAAAUUUGUCAGUUACGAAUCUCCUUCCAACUCGAACUCCAAACAACCAGAAGAAGCACCUGACGUAAACGGAACUUCUUCACUGGCACCGUUUUCUAACAGCUCCAAAAGAACCGUUUACGUCAAUAGUAACGAUCCGUCAGUUUGUGAGAUCUGUUUAAAAACUUGGCCAGCAAAAAAACAUCUUUGGCAACAUUACAUUAGAUGCCACAAGCGGGUCGCAGCCACUGUGUGCGGAAUCUGUCUAAAAACCAACGAUACAUACGAAGCUUUGCAAAUGCACCUUAUUACAACCCAUCCGACACUACUACAUGGACAAGGUUUUGGUUCGAACUUCAUUUGCAGAAUAUGCGGACGAUAUCACAAUGCCAGUUCGAAAUUAAAGUUGCAUAUGGCCAUACACGAAAACUUUGAUUGGUCUUUGCUGGAUCAUUUUUAUCCGAAAAAUAACACAGACUUGUUCGAAAAAGAUCAGCAUAACAACAAAGAAGAAGACGUAGACGAAGAACAGGAGGACGAGGAAGACGAAGAAAUGGAUAACGACAAAGCAGUGAUAAAUAACGGUUACAACCACGAGAAUUACGUAAAAGAAGAAGCGGAAGACGAUGAAGAGGUCGUUAAUUAUGAAAGUUUAAUAGAACAAGUGGAAGUCGACGCAUCUUCGGAAUCUGAAUCUGACUGUGAAGUAAGUAACACCGUUGAGCAAGUAGAAGAAGAAGAUGAAGAAGCCAAUUCUGUCACAACGAGUGAUAACGAAUCGAUUUUAUCAGAAGAAAACUCUUUGGAGAACAGGAUGCUUCAGAACAUGCUCAAAGAAAAAGAAAAGUUAAAAUCUUCUUUGGUUGUGAAGCAAGAGGUAGAAGACAAGGAAGAAAGGGAGGAAGAAGAUGAAGAACAGAAACCGGUUGUGGGUGGGCCUUUCGAAAAUCUUCAGAAAUUUUAUGCCGAAAGUACUAAAAAACUACAAAAGGAAGCAUUAGUCAAACAAGAAAAGGAAGAAGAAGAAGAAGUAGAAGACAUGUAUUCAAGUUCCGACGAUUCCGAUGAUUCUUCGGAUUCGGUGCAGACCGGGUCAGACGAUGUUAAGAGUGAGUCUUCCGACUCGCAGUAUUCAAACCCUGUCGAAAACGAUCCAAAAUCCGAUGAGCUCGACUCAGCAAUACGAUCGAUCAGUUACGAGGAGAUGAAUUGCGAGAACGAGAUCCUCGACGACGAAGUUUGCGACAUACACACGCACACACUCAACCAACGUGAGAUUCAAUCGGCUGUGGACAGUAUCCUGUGAAUCAAUAUUGUACCAGAUUUUCGUAAUUUAAAUGGUAUUUAAUAUUCUUGCUUGAAACAAAACGUAACGAAUUUAGUGGGGAUGUAGGGCUCUAUCUUUUGGAAUUGUUUGCAGACUUUUCGUCAGUCGCAGACUAAGAUGAAAUAUCUCAAAAUAAGUUUAAGGAUUCAUCGUGGCUUUUCAGCUUAAAAAAAAAAACAUCUUCAAUCUCAAACGUCGACCGUAAAAGCUGGGAAUCAUUAGGUAAAGGGGAGAAGAAGCAAUAAUGAAGAUGUACAGGGUGAGUCACGAUUGUACACUAAUUUAAUGUUUUGUUUCAAGCUGUUCCCCCACUCCUUAUAUUAAUAUUUGUGAUACCUAUUAAUCUAAAAUAUUAUGAAAAAAUGUAACACUAUCAGUAUUGUUUUCGCUCUUGAGCGUUACCCGAGUUUAGGCUGAUAUAAAAUACUCGAACCGUUUAAAAUAUUGUUCUAGUCCUAAAACUAACAAUUUUUCGUUUCGUCGUUUAGAAUUUCUUUUUAAUGAUUACAGGGCGAUAAUUGUUUCCCAUUUUUAAUCCGUGUAACAUAACAAGUAAUGGGCACAUGUCAUAGAAAUUCGCGCUGUAAAUAAAUUUGUUCAUUUUGUAGAAUGAAAAACGUAAUUCAUUAAUUUAUGUAGAUUCAGUGUGAAGUACAAAUUGUUUUUCCCAUGAAUAUGCGUUUUUUUUUUUUAAUUUUUUCCUAAUGUACUAUAGCAAAA